GGCGGAGCGCGGAGCAGCGCGGAGGAGCGCGGCGGGCGGAGCGCCGGGAGCGAGGUGCCUCAGACAUGGACCGCGGCGAGCAAGGUCUGCUGAAGACAGAGCCAGUGGCCGAGGAAGGAGAGGAUGCUGUUGCAAUGCUCAGUGCCCCAGAGACGCUGACGGAGGAGGAACAAGAGGAGCUGAGACGGGAACUUACUAAGGUGGAAGAAGAAAUCCAGACUCUGUCCCAAGUGUUGGCCGCAAAAGAGAAGCAUCUCGCGGAGAUCAAGCGGAAACUUGGGAUCAGCUCGCUUCAGGAAUUCAAGCAGAAUAUUGCCAAAGGGUGGCAAGAUGUGACAGCAACCAACGCAUACAAGAAGACAUCCGAAACUCUGUCACAAGCUGGGCAGAAGGCCUCCGCUGCAUUUUCAUCGGUUGGCUCAGUCAUCACCAAAAAGCUGGAAGACGUGAAAAACUCCCCAACAUUCAAGUCGUUUGAAGAAAAAGUUGAAAACUUAAAGUCUAAAGUAGGAGGAGCCAAACCUGCUGGCGGUGAUUUUGGAGAAGUCCUGAAUUCCACAGCGAAUGCUACCAAUACCACAACCACGGAGCCGCCUCCAGAACAGAUGACAGAGAGCCCCUGAGCUGCCGACCUGUGUCCUGCUGCCCACUGCCAGGUGCUGCAAGCGAGAGCCAAGCACAUCUUGACAACGCUCAUGGCUGCAGAUUUCUACCAGAUGUGCUUUUAUUUAGCUUUACUUAUUUCUUUGACCAAAUAGUUUGUGAAUGAAACAAAGUGAAACCACCCUCACCUCCACUCCAGGGAAAUACCCAGUAGCAUGCAUGGAAGGCCCUUUGUAUAGGAAACAGCAUCAUUGAACCUCUGGUAUUCCCUGCAGGCAACUACUGUGUUUCUCCUUGAAAUCACUGUACGUCUAGAUUCGAGUUUGAUCUUUCUUGGCUAUCUACAUGAGUCAUUCUUUUUGGGUCUCCAUACACUUAAUCGAUUUCUAACUAAAACUGUCCUUUUCUAAAUUCGGGUUAUUAAAAGUCUUGGAAUUAUUUCAUUAUUUUCAAAGGAGAAACUACCAGCUACAUAUUUUUUUCUUGGAUAAACAGUUAUAUAAGGACCUUAUCUUGGGUUUCUGAAGACACCAGACUAAGUAGACAGGUGUGUAUACCUUUCAGUAGUUCUGUAAGUUGAAACCAUGCAGACACUCGAGCUUCCAGUGGUGUGAGUGUGGGUCCCCGGCCCCUUUGGUAACUGUCAUCUGUAGCUGCAUCUAUUUCAGCAUAUCAAUUAUUUAUUACACCAUUCUUAUGCAUUUUUUACAAGAUUAAAAUUUAAUUUCAGAGAAAUUGACAGAAUAACAUUAUGAACCAAGUAUAUGCCAUUACAGUAAGUUGGAAGGUUCCCACACUCAUCAUUGAUAAUUCCAAAAGUCUAAAAAGCCUUUAGGUCUAUACAGCUAUAAAAAUACUAAAAUAAUUCACCUUAGGGGAAACUACUGCCUCCGCUAAAUCCACUUAACACCCUUUAGGAAGCACAGAAAGUUCUAUGAGAAAUACAACUUGACUAUUUUUUAUACUAAGGUAUUGUUGACGACUCCGAAGGCUGUAAGGCGUUAAUACAAACGAGCUUCUCAUGCUGUACGUGUUUUCAGUGUGUUAGUGACUGUGAACUGUACUGUAGACAUUGUUCCCAUGCUGAGAACUAUCGGAGGGCUCGGGAAGCAAAGCUUCCAGAUGGCUCUGCUAAGUUCCUCUAUUAACUGUGGCUACUACUGAUCCACUAUGUUUCCUUUGCUGUGUGUGUUUCUGGCCUAUGAGGGUGUAUCUGUUCCUUAACUAUUGUGGUGAUUUUACCAUUGUCCAUGCCAAAUGUUAAUUGCCAAGCUUGGAGUGACCUAAAGCAUUUUUCAAAAGCAUGACUAGAUUUAAUUGAGGAUAAGGUUCCUGCCAACCAGAAUUGAAAAGCCACAGUGUCAGUUGUUACAAAAUGCCAUGCUGCCAUUCCUGAUUGCUACUUGGAUGCAAUGGAAACUCUGCUCGAUUACAUGUGAAAAUCUUAAUAAAGUCUGUGUCUCAGUAGUGUAGGUUUCAAUAUUUAUUAAGAGGGCAGUGGUCUGGACAAAGCUUGUUGUGUUCUAAAAUCAAUUGAUAUUCUGGAAGAAUUUUCCUAGAGGACUGGACUGUAGAAAUUUGUCUCUAGAGAUAUAUUGUGAUUAUUCAAUAUAAUGAUUUUUCUACCAAUUAGUCUUUUUUUUCUUCUUUCUAAUAUCUUGUUAACAGAUUGUUUCCGGGGUGUCUAUUCUGUAUUUGUAACUAGGCAAAAGCAGAGUAAGAUGCCAGGUUUUUUUUUUUAUAAGGAAUCUUCAAGUUUUGUGAAGAGAUUUCUCAUAUGAGGAAAUGAUAAAAGGGGAGGAGAGAAGGAGAAGGAAUGUACAAAGAUACGUUCAGGAUGAGUUGGGAAGAAAAUCUUCACACACUUCAUCUAGAAAGCUAAUCUUCCGGUAGGCACCCUGCCUCAUCAAAGAAGUUACAAAACGGUAAAGGACUAACUCAGAGAAUGAAAUAGGAGCUUUAGAAUAGUCACAUAUAUCCAGAGUGUUUGUUGGAGAUUCAUUAUGCGUUCACAGAUGCUGAGGAACUUAACAGCUAUUAACAGAAAUAUUGCAGAGAGGUUGGGGCCUCCUACUGCGAUUUUUUUUAGGCUGGGAAAACAGCAAAGGUGAAAGCUCAGAUAUUUGUGAAAUCUCAGCUGUUUAAGGACAUAAACAUAAUGGAAGAGUUCUGAAGCCUUACAAAGGCAGUGCUCCCUAACUGUGGGUCUGUGGGACAUUAGCAAGAAUUCUUAAUAGUUUAGAACCCGGGAAAUGAAUAAAAGAGAGAACUUAUCACCUGCCUUUUGAUCUCAGCCACUACACACAAUUCUUGCAAUACAGAAAAGAUUUAAUUUGAACUCUUUCUGGAUCUUUUAAUUAAGGUACACACUCUUUUCUGUGAAGUGUUUGAAAGCAAUAAAAACUAUAAUUUGG